AAAACAAUGGACUUUGUGGUCCUCAAAUAUCCCUCUCAAGCUUUCCAUCUCGCAUCUCUAAAUUCCCAUCGCCCCACCACCCAAUAUCUCCUCUAUUUCCUCUUUAAAAUUAGAGAAGAUGAAAAAGGAGGCUGUGGAAUCGGAAGAGAGCAUGGACGACGACGAUUUUAUGUCGAGUGCAACUGAAGAUGAUAAGAAGAAGAAGGGUGGUGGUUCUGGGGCGACGAAGAAAGGGUCGAGUGGUGGCGCGAGUUCAAUGAGGUGCUGCCAAGCGGAUAAGUGCACGGUGGAUCUAAAUGAUGCUAAGACUUACCAUCGGAGGCAUAGGGUCUGCGAGCAGCACGCGAAGGCGGCAGUGGCCAUUGUUGCCGGAAUCCGGCAAAGGUUUUGUCAGCAAUGCAGCAGAUUUCACGAGGUAUCGGAAUUUGACGAAGCGAAAAGAAGUUGCCGGAGACGUCUGCUCGGACACAACGAAAGAAGAAGGAAAAAUUCAGCUGAUUCUCACUCAAGUGAAGGAGGGUCAAGCAGGACAGGAAAUCAAAUUUGUGGGCAGGUUGAUGACAGAGGAAGAAUACAGAUAGCAGUUCAAGAAAAUGCCUCUAAUUACAAACACUUCCAUGUCGGAUAAUUGAGCUGCACAAAUUAUUGCUCCCUCUCUUCUGUCAAUCUCAGCAUGUUUAUCUGACUAUAUUUAUAUUGAAGAAUAAGCCUGCUCGAAUAUGUUGUAAUGUUUAGCAGACAAUAGUAAGCGCAAACCGAUCUACAAUAAAUAAGAUUUAAAUAACGUUCACUCGAGUA